AUGGACGAAUCUUCAAAUGAAGCAUCCGUUGUAGCCAUUGAUUCUGAUGAAGAAGAUGAUAAACCAAUAAAAAAACUCUUCAAACGUCUCAUCAGCAACAAUUGUAAGCAAAGCACAAUUCUAACAAACAACCAAAUACUGGAUCUGCUCAAAUUUGAAUUCGACAUUAACAUAUUCAAAUUGCACAAUCUAGAAAUAGACAUUUACAUCACUCUGAUGAAACGGUUCCUAAAACAUUGGCCGCUCUGGGACGAAUUUGACCGCCUGGUGGAUGAUGCUAAGAAGGCAAAUAAUCUAUUGAAUAUAGAUGACCAGUUACAAAUUAAGUAUGACCAGUUAAAGAACCACUUGGGUUCAGUGAUUGCAAUCGCUGAACCGAUGGGGAAAGAGGCAGUACUAACUUUGAAGGAUCGAACUAAUAAGCAGGAAGUGACGGCCUCUGAAAAUAAAGAGUCCUUACAGUCUAGUGAUACGGUUGUGUUAGAAAUAGACGCAACAAGAAGACAAUUGAAUUCAUUAAUUUACAGACAUCCAGUAGAUAAUUGUGUGUUUAACGCAAACUAUAAGAAGACAACCAUUACAGUACCAGGGACGAAACAAAUAGAAGCCAUUUUAAAUUGGUGGGAUUUUAAAAUUGAAAUUUCAUGUAAAAGUAAAAAGUCACAGAGAAAUGUUUUAUUAUAUAAACGAGAGGUUUCCCAUGAACUAAAGCACAUCCUGGUAAACAAGGCAAAUUCUACCAAAAAGGAACCGGUAGAAUUAAACCAAGAGUUCUUAUUUAAUAAGACUAAGAGAAGCAGAGUUGUCCCAAAGACCGGUCUGCUAAAGUCAAUUGACAACAUCACAAGAGAUCAUCCGAACAAAGAUGCCGUUAGGGAAAUUUUAAAGUUUAUCUGGAAGGACCUUUCCUCGUUGCCAGAACAAUUAUAUUCGUAUGCUAGUUACAAACGGUAUAUGAACAAGUGUGGGUAUAUCCGGUACCUGUUCAAGGAUGAGGAGAAAGGCCCGACGGAUCCUAAAUAUGACCUGCAACUGGAGGAAACUGUUUCACCAAUGUUCAAGUUGUAUAUUGGCGAUCUCUUCUCGUCUUACAUGGUUGUCGAAAAGGAUAGUUUAAAAGUGGAGUGUAUGCCUUGCAAAGUGAUCUUUUCCGGCGUAGAUUUGAUCUCGUGUUUGAGGUUACACUUCGAGGAGCACUGCACGGAACCAGAUUGGACGUGUACUAAAUGCAGUCAGACAUUCCCAAUGCUGGGAUUGGCGGGGAAUUGGUGGUCGCAUGUGUGUCAAGAGUAA